AAAAUUAUAUUACAUGAAACGACAUUUACUGAUUCUUAAGAUCUUUCACGUUAGAGAUAUUUGAUUACGCGGACAUAACGAACAAAACAAAUGGCAGAAACCCGGUAAAGUCAUAAAAAUGGAAGUGACGAGAAGUAAUUUUGAUGCUGCUUUUGAGCUUAUAAAAUCAGAAAUUAAUAACACUGAUUUUAUUUCCAUUGAUGCAGAGUUUUCUGGUUUAAGUACUAUUAAAAGCAAUUCUGGAAGUUGUAGUAACCUUGAGGAAAAGUAUAAUAUGUUAAAAGAUGGAUCUAAUAAGUUACUUCUAAUACAGUAUGGUAUUAGUUUAUUUAAGUGGAGUGAAAAAAAAAAGUCUUAUAAAGCGAUGCCUUUUAAUUUUUAUAUCUGCCCGAGGCCUUAUAAAAAGGUUCACAAUGAUGUGAUAUUUGUUUGUCAAAGUUCAAGUAUUGAUUUUCUAGCUAAAAAUGGAUUUGAUUUUAAUAAACUAUUUCACCAAGGAGUUUCAUUUAUGUCUCCUUGGGAAGAAGAAAAAGCUAGAGAAAAAUUAAAGAAAGAAAUUAAUUUUAUAGCACAUAAUGAGUUGCAUAGAAGAACUCUUAUUCAAACAACAACAAAUGUGUCAGACGAUGUUGAAAAAAAAUCUAGUGUUUUUAUUCCGAGGGAUCAAAGAGAUUUUAUUAAUAGUGUAUGUGAAAAUAUAGAAAAAUUUAUGAAAGACGACUCCUUGAAAACAUAUGACUUACCACCAUGUAGUCCUUUCCAAAGAACACUUCUUUAUGAGUAUCUGGAAGAAAAAUACCCAAGAGGAUUGUAUUUGAAAAGCGUUGUUAAUGAAAAUAAUGAAAAAAUUAUCAGAGGAGUGAAAAUUACCAAAAAUGAAGAAAUUUUUAAUAAAAGGAUUGCAGAAGAAAAUCUAUUACUUGAUGAAAUCAUUGGAUUCACUAAAGUAAUAAGGCUGCUUUCAGACUGCCGUAAACCUUUAAUUGGGCACAACAUGUUGAUGGAUCUUUUUUUAACAACCACUAACUUUUUUUCAUUACCUCCUGAAAAUUUAAGCGAGUUCAAAGUAUUACUUAUAUCAUUGUUCUCUUCAAUUUUUGAUACAAAAUUGCUUUGUAGCAUGCAACCAUUAAGUUCAAAAGUUGGAGGGACAUCUCUUGAAAAGCUUAAAACUUUUGUUGAUGACAAUCGCUUGCCUAAUCCUGAAGUUAAAUUAUCAAAUAAGUUAAACAACCAUUCUAAGAGCAAAAAUGAGUACCACCAGGCAGGGUAUGAUGCCUAUUGUACUGGUUUGGUAUUUAUUAGUCUUUUAAGGUGUUUAGCUGAUCAAGUUGGUUCAAAGUUAGAGAGAAUUGAUUUUUCAUGGAACUUGCUGAAACCAUUUGAAAAUCGAAUUUUUAUUUGGGGGAUUAAAGAUACCCAAUAUAUGGAGCUUCAUCAUUCCAGUUUAUGUUGCAUUGCUAAGAGUGAUAAUAAAAAACGUUCGCAAUCUAUCUUUGAUUCUUCAAAUAAGUUACCUUCCAAAAAAAAGAAAUUAACAGAAGUUGAAGAUGGUGAAAUCUCAAGUGACUCUGAUUUUGAGGAAAACAAUAGCAGUAAAAUGUUUGAACAACCCAGUAUAUGGUAAUGUCCUCAGUUUGUUUCAUUUCCUGUUUUCACUGAUCAUAACUUAUCAAGACUAACAAACUUUAAUUUAUUUUAAAGUGUAUUUACUUGUAAUAUAUUUUUGAACACGAAGAACAUCUAAGAAUGCU